UCAGUUAGUAACAAAACUUCGUCGCGAGCAGAACAACAUUUCAGUGAGUCAAGGCAGACAGAGCUUUCAGUGUGCAAAUCAGCGUGGAAUUUGUGAAAUUUUCGAUACGUGUUUUAUAACCACAUCUUAAUGGCAUCAACAGCUGAACGUCGUUACAAAGAUUUCUUAUUCAUAGAACAGUAAUUUCUUUUCGUGUAAAACGUACCAGAUAAACCCAACUUUGAGUGCAAAGUUCAGAGUGAUUGAAACAGAGAGCCAGAAAAACAUUUGCGAGAGACGCAAUAAAUUGGCCGAAAUUAAACAACAAGUUCUAUAUAUGUACAUAUAUGUACUUUGCAUACAGUAUCUCAGAUAAGAGUUGUAUCUAGAUGCUAUAUAGAUAAGCGCGUGUGAACCAACACUUGACGAGUACAUUAAGCAUACGCCCGAGCUGCACAAGUGGUAUCACUAUAGCAAUCUCUAUAGCUGUCGGCGUCUGUAAAAAAAAACCCAUUUAAAGGCUUUCUGCCCCAAUAUUAUGUUCGUUCUGCCUGCGGUUGGUGCAACAAUAACAGCAACAGCAACAGCAGGGUCGAGGAAAAGCGGAUACUCCAACAUCGCGUCGCGCAAGAACGUCAUGCAACAUUCGCCUGUCGUUGUCUUCAUGUGUGUGCAACAUUCGCAGCAGCAGGUUCCCAUGCUCAACAACUUUAUGUGUAUGCGUAUGCGCGGCUGGCAUAACAUCAAGUACUACUGCAACAAUUUGAUCAAUAUCGAGACCUCCACGAUCGGCACCGGUACUGGUGGCACUACGGGCACGACAGGCACUAAGAUCCUAAGGCGCUCCAAGUUGCUACGAAAGAAACGGGACUUUAACCGCCGUCGCUUUAUCCGCCGCACUUUCUGCUGAAUCUGUUAACCCCAGUCGAAUCAGUCAACGCCACCAUAAAGAAGGAGCAACGAGGAUCAAGUUUAUAUUUGUGCCGUCAUCAUUGGAACCUGCUCCACGAGGCAGCAACAUGAUGGAGGCUUAAGGGGAACUUGUGUCGACGACUCUUUUAGAGCUUGUUUAGAGGGACCCUAACAAUUUCAUUGUUUCUUUCUAACGGUCAAUUAAAA